AUGGACGACUCCGAACUCGAGCAGAUCAGAAGGGCUCGCCUCGAGCAGCUCAAGGCGCAGUCCGGCGCAGGCAGCGGUGGCCCAUCAUCCAACAACGGCGGCCAGGACCAAGAACGCCAAAAACAGCACGUCUCCCACAUCCCACAUCAAGAUGAUGCUCGCCAGCACAUAUUGAAUCAGAUUCUGCACCCCGAGGCCGCCGACCGCCUGGGCCGCAUCAGGCUCGUGAAGGAGCAGCGUGCGACGGAUAUCGAGAACAGAUUGAUCACGCUGGCGCAGACGGGCCAGCUGAGGCAGAAGGUCACGGAGACGCAGCUGAAGGAGCUGCUGAAUGCGAUGGCGGACAACAAGGAGGAGGAGAAAAUUGUGGUGAGCAGACGGAAGGGCUGGGACGACGACGACGACGACCUGUUGGACUUGUGA